AUGAAUAAAACUAAAUCGAGUAUAACGCAUCUUUCGUCGGUCAAAGUGCCUGCGGAAUCUUUAUUCGCUAAUCAAACAUAUCUAUUUGUUGUUUACAUUAUCAAUUCUGUCCGUACCACAUCGAAAUAUGAAGGCUAUUCAGUUGUGCAUGUACAAGAGUCUGUCACAUAUCAGAUAGCGAUUAGAUGCAUGAUUCCCGCUCUAUGCCAUUCAGCAGUUGGAUACCAAUUAAUAAAUCCGACACGAAGUAUUAGUUUAUCGUCCACAUGUCUUGAUAGCUGUCCAACAGUUGAAAAUAUUACAUGGAAUGUUUAUCGAGAGUCAAGUGAACCGUGCCCACAGGAAUUCUUCUCAUCAGGUCUGCCGUUUCAAUAUAUUCGAAAGAUCUCGUUGUUAGUGACAAAUACGAAUCAUUUUACAAUGGUCGACGACCUAUUUCUUGAACAUUCACGACUUUGGAAAUUUGAAGUUGCUUACACGCUCCGUACAGGACGUGGUUUAAGUGCGCCGUAUUUUCUUAUAGAUCAAUGCCCAUUCAAUGGUUCAUGUUCCAUUACUCCCAAUAACGGGACAAUAACAACUUCGUUUACUCUUUCCUGUUCAAACUGGUUCGAUGAAAAUGAAAUCAAAGAUUAUUCACUCUAUAUAUGGACACCAGGAAGCUCCGAAUCGGUCAUGGUAGCAUUUAGUGCUGCUUCAACUUUUCAAGUUCGAUUAUCCGUAGGAAAUAAUUCUGACGGUUUGAUGAAUCUUGUUGUAUAUAUCCGAGAUCAACUGGAUUGCGUCACUAAGUACGAUAUGCUCCCUGUAAAUGUGCUAAGUGAUCAAAACGGCAAUCGAAAUACGAUCGGACAAGUGAUUCCAACAUUAUCACAAGAAUUUAAUCAAAUGAAUCAUGAAAAUGUACAGAAUGUCAUUCUAGGUGAGUUUUCGUUCCAUUCAAUCAAACUGCAAACGUUAUCCUUGGCUGAACUAAUACAUGCAACGAAUCAACUCACACAAUUAAGCUUGAUCAUUCCUUCGACAAAGUGCUAUGAGUUAACUAAAGCAUUACAUUCCAUCUCGCCCAAACUAUCUUACGAAGACAUACAACUAGCAGUGACUUUAAUCACUCAAUGUGCUUCAGAUGUACUGAAUGUAAGCAUUCGAAGCCAGACGCAAUCUCUUCUCAAGAAGAAUAUCAUUCCGGCUAUCAAUGGUCCACUACAGCAGCGAGUAAUGUUGCUGCUCGAUUUGGAUCUGUCGCGUUCAUUCGACUUGAAUUCUAUGCAAACUGCGAAUGAAAUUCAAUUGCUAACCAAGCAAAUACUUUCUUUAUUAUCAUUAUCGUUGAAUAUUCGUCUGCAUUUUAACGAAACCUUUUUACUGAAGAAACUGUCGGUGUUCAUGUCUCUAGAAAAAUAUUCGUCUUCACAGUAUCGUCGAACAUUAAUUGAACCACUGUCACCAAUCGGAAGUUCACAAGCGAAUAUGAAUCUAUCUCGGGCAGUGCCGAUUUCAUUAGUUGAUCAAGAUGGAAUUUCUGAUUCCAUGCGAUCCAACUAUGACCUUACUGAAAUUUAUUCAAUAAAAUGGCACUGGAAUGAAUCAAUCGAUUGA